UCAGUGGGCUGAUUCAAUUCAGGGGACUUCAAAUAGGCUUUGGGUUACUGUACAUUAAAGGAUACUAAGAAUCACUUGACGUCAAGUGACUGACACAAGAAGUCAGCAUAAUGACUUCUAUAAACAGAACCAAUGAAAUAAUUAAAAAACUUAAAGCAAACAAACAACGUCUCCUGGAGAAGAUAAACAAAAAGCGCGAAUCCAACUGCUUUGUGGAAAGAAGCAAUCAAGUCAGUUUACUGAGAGUUCAAAAGAGGCAUUUUAGCUGUGCCUACCAGUCCUUUACUCACACCCAAAUCAAAGAACCUGUUCCUGACAGUGGCAGGAACUCCUGGGUCAAGCUGAGUCUCCUAGUUCACACCGAGAAAAAGCACUUUCCUGCAAAAAAUAAUGCCAUAUUUGGAUAAAGUGCAUCUCCAGAGACACACAGAAGUACAACCUCUUUGAUUCUUCUUCAAUGUCUGUCAUAUUUACAAAUAUUAAUUAUAAAAGAAAAAAUUAUUCACUAG